AUGACAGAACUCUUCGUUACACAAGUGACUGUAGUACUCUCGCCACCUCUCCAGGAUCUGACCAGAGCGGCGCAGAACGGCUCCAUCAGCUCCCUUAACGAUCUUGGAAGGGCUGCUGGGGUUAUCCUACUUUUGCUUAUUUUAUAUGCCUGGGCCACAUCAGCUGGAGGCGCUUUCAUGUUGAGGAAAUUGAGUGGAAAAAGGCUAUGGGUUUCUCCAUUGGCGAGCGAUAAAUUAACAUAA